AUGAAGACAAACUGGCAGAGGAUACUCAUAAUGUGGGACACCGAAAAAAAGUCGCCGCAGCAGUCCACGACGAGCCAGCUUGCUGGCCGCGCCGCCGGCCACGCUUUCUACGAGACGUACGCCUACGUGCGCGUGGGAUGCACGUGCGAGCCGUGCGGGGCGCACUGCUCCGCCUGCGACGACGCCGGCCCAGGACGGUGCGACGCCUGCGAGAGCGGGUACUUUCUCUCGGCAGCGGAGGAGGGCUGCCUCGCGUGCAGCCCUGGCUGCAGGGUCUGCCGCAACCAGACGGCGGCCGGCUGCGACGCGUGCCGGCUCCUCUACACGCGGCAGCCGAACGGCGGCUGCCGCUUCUCGUGGAUGCAGCUCGUCGCCUCCCUCUCGGCGGCGGCCUCGACGGGCUGGCUGCUCUUGCGGCGUCGACCCUGGCGCCUCCGCCGCCGGCCACCACCCACGGUAGACGAGUUCCUCGGGAGCGUUGCGGCGGCUCAGAGCGCGGACGCCGCCAUCUACCCCAGCGGGCGUUGGCGCGCGGCUGCUACGCGCGGCUACUACACGGUCGGCACGCGGCAGUGCGGUGUGGUCGAGUUUACGCUGCACUUUGAGCGCGGCGGAGAGGUGCACGGGAGCGGGAGGGACGGCGUGGGCGCCUACCAGCUCCGCGGCCGCGCCUCGGCGAACUGGCGCCUCGCCCUGGCCAUCGGAAUCCGUUUCUCGGAGCCUGCUCGGAGCCUUCCUGCAGGCGAGCCGGGCAAGGCGAGCGGCCGCGUCGCCCUAACCAAGCGGUACGAGGGCGGCUCGCUCACCGCGGCAGGGCGCGAGAACCACGGCCACGCUGUCGAGUACCGCGGGGAGGCACCGAGCGGCGCGCCGGAAGGGGGGCGGGUGUCUCCGCGGCAGCCCUCCCUCAGCGGCGGCGUGCGCGGAGAGUGGUCGAUCCGGCAUGCGCUCGGCGAUUUCGACGGCACCUGGCACUUGUGGCCCGUCGUGCUGCCCUCGCCCGCCCCGGGCGACGAGGAGGGCGACGCCGCGGAUGAGGCGAAUGAGUGCUGCGUCUGCUUCGACCGGCGCAUCAACACGCGGCUGCAGCCGUGCGGCCACGUGGCGCUGUGCCACGCAACGCUCGACACCAACCCGGGGCUGCUCCGCGCCAUGUGCAUGGCGUUCGAGUGA